CGGGGGGGAGGGGGCCCGGUCCGGGAGUGCGGGAGGCAGUGGUAGAGGGAGGUGGCGGCAGCGGCUAGCGGAUUCAAGUCUCAGCCGGGCCGAGGCAGACACCUCUGUGGAGCGAAGCAGUAGAAGCAGCGAACAUCAGAGGCGGCACCGGGAUCCCCGGCUCAGGGGAGGGGGGCGCCGGACCGGGAGGAGGGAAGGGGGCGAUGCUGGAAGCCAUGGCGGAGCCCAGUCCCGAAGAUCCACCUCCGACCCUUAAGCCAGAGACUCAGCCACCAGAGAAACGUCGGAGAACAAUUGAAGAUUUCAACAAAUUCUGCAGUUUUGUCUUGGCCUAUGCUGGUUACAUCCCCCCUAGCAAAGAGGAAAGUGACUGGCCAGCCUCUGGCUCCAGCUCUCCAUUGCGAGGUGAGAGUGCAGCAGACAGUGAUGGCUGGGACUCGGCCCCGUCAGAUCUCCGAACUAUCCAGACCUUUGUUAAGAAAGCAAAGUCAUCUAAGAGACGGGCGGCUCAAGCAGGUCCCACCCAGCCAGGACCUCCAAGGUCCACUUUCUCUCGUCUGCAGGCCCCUGACAGUGCCACCCUGCUUGAGAAGAUGAAGCUCAAGGACUCUCUCUUUGAUCUAGAUGGGCCCAAAAUGGCAUCUCCACUGUCCCCCUCAUCUCUGACACAUGCCUCCCGGCCCCCUGCUGCUCUCACCCCAGUGCCCCUUUCUCAGGGGGACCUCUCCCAGCCUCCUCGAAAGAAGGACCGAAAGAACCGAAAGUUGGGGCCAGGAGGGGGAGCUGGCUUUGGGGUGCUUCGAAGGCCUCGGCCAGCCCCUGGGGAUGGGGAAAAGAGAUCUCGAAUCAAGAAGAGCAAAAAGCGGAAGUUGAAAAAGUCAGAGCGGGGUGAUAGACUCCCACCUCCUGGGCCUCCCCAGGCACCCCCCAGUGAUACAGACUCUGAAGAGGAGGAGGAGGAGGAGGAAGAGGAGGAGGAGGAGGAAGAGGAAGAAGAAGAAGAGGAAGAAGAGGAGGAGGAGGAGGAAGAGAUGGUAGCGAUGGUAGGAGGUGAAGCCCCAACUGCAGUGCUCCCAACACACCCUGAGGCUCCUAGGCCCCCUGCUACAGUGCACCCUGAAGGAGCUCCUCCCACUGAUAGUGAAAGCAAGGAGGUGGGCAGCACUGAAACAAGCCAAGAUGGAGAUGCCAGCUCCAGUGAAGGGGAGAUGCGGGUCAUGGAUGAAGACAUCAUGGUAGAAUCAGGUGAUGAUUCAUGGGACCUGAUCACGUGUUAUUGUCGAAAGCCCUUUGCAGGGCGGCCCAUGAUUGAGUGCAGCCUGUGUGGAACAUGGAUCCAUCUCUCCUGUGCUAAGAUUAAGAAGACCAAUGUCCCUGAUUUCUUUUACUGCCAGAAAUGCAAGGAACUGCGGCCAGAGGCCCGGCGGUUAGGAGGUCCACCUCCCAAAUCUGGAGAGCCCUGAUAUCACCAUCUCUAGGCUGGAACUUCCAAAUGACAAGACUUGGGAACUGAGCUUCAGGGUCCUCAGCCUAUCCCCUGAAGCUUGGAUAUUGUCCCACCUCCAGGCAGGAAUUCCCAAGGGAGACUGGUUUGGCAAUGUGUUCCUAUCCUAGUCUCCUUUACCACCGUAUGGACUUAAACUCAGACCCAUUAUAUUUGGGGGUGGGAAGCUGUCUGGGUCCCUAGACACUUAAUCUCUGUCCCUUGGACCUGCCACCCUUCACUUUCUGGGCCAGGGUUGGAAUUGGGAUGGGAUGGGACAGUUGUCUAUAAAACUCUAGUGUAAAUAUAGCACUCCCUCCUCUUCUAUCUCCCCAUUUAUUCUACACCAGUUGUAUUUUUAAUUUUGGACUUCCCCUUUUGGGCAUGGCAGCUCAGAGGUGGAUUACCAACCAGCCUGGCUAAGGGAGGAAGGAAAGCAGGUGACCAUUCUCUCACCUCUUUUGUUUUUAAUAAUAUUGGCCGGCUGUUUGUACAGGAAGCCUUCGUGUUGUAAAUAAAGCAGAGUAGGCUCUUUUGUGUU